AUGGCCUCCCCGGACCUGCCACCCCCCACCAGCUACGCCCCGCCCCAGGUGCCCCUGGGGGUCCUGCUGUUCUUCACCAUCCCCUACGCCUUCUUCUUGCCCGAGCUGAUAUUUGGCUGCUGGGUCUGGAUCCUGGUAGCUGUCACCCAUGUAGCAAAUCCGUUGCUGCAAGGAUGGGUGAUGUAUGUCUCGAUCACCUCCUUUCUCAUCUCCCUGAUGUUCCUGUUGUCUUACCUGUUUGGAUUUUACAAAAGAUAUGAGUCCUGGCAAGUCCUGGACAGCCUGUACCACGGCACCACCGGCAUCCUGUACAUGAGCGCCGCGGUCCUGCAGGCACACGCCACCAUCAUGUCUGAGAUCAACGACCUGAAGAACUACUUCAUCAACACCGCAGCCUCGUUCUUCGCCUUCAUCACCGCCCUGCUCUACAUCCUCCACGCCUUCAGCAUCUACUACCACUGAAGCGGCAGGAGCCAGGCGCGGGGUGGGGAACCCCAGCAGCACCUAAUAUGGGCUCCUGAAGCUCGCGCUCAACAUCGGCCGCGUGGGUGACAAACAGAACAUCAGCAAGACCCUCAAGGGGCUGAGGACAGACCAGCUUCUCACACUGAGGGACGAAGUCACACUCUGGCAUCUCCGUUUGGACAUUUUAAUUCAUUAUGGAGAAUAUGAAAAAGAUUGGGGGGCAGGGGUGUUGUUUGCUUGUUUGGUUGGUUUGGGUUUUGCCUGGGCGAGUAACUGUCCCUUCUCACAGGGAACCUCACUCUCCUGGAAAACUGGUAUCCAACAUCCUCACCAGGGAGAAUCCCACGUCUGCCAUUUGUCACACCUGUUUGGGGAUUCUACCUCAGCAGUGAGGUUCCCCCAGAGCAGGUUUAAGGGGACACUUAGUCUUGUUUUGUUAAAAUCAAAAUGGUGCUGCCGAUGCCUUCAGAAGAAGACCCACAGACCUUGUUCCUGACGCAUGGUUCUGACCUUGUUUUGGAGCGGUGGUCCAAAUCCGCUCUCCCAUGCCCCCCGGGGAGCUGAUGGGGGACGAGCCACACAGCCCACUCCCCCCCAUUCCACUCCUCCUUCCCUUUUCUCCCCAGUUUUGGGAUCCAAGGAAAAUCUUCAUAAAAGCAACUUUGAGGAUAGAUUUGUGAGGAAAAUAAGUGACUGCCUACAAAAUUGUUAUGUAGUAAGACCUGGGGGAGGGGCAGGAUGGGGGGGAAGGG